CAAGCGAUGAAUACAUGUGUCUUUAUGACUGUAUGAGUUGCAAGAUUUGACAGAUUGUUAUUCUUUCAUGUUUGCAAUGGUCGUUUAAAAAUAAAGAAUUCGUAAAAGUAAUCUUCUCAAAGUGUUAACCUCUUGAAUUGUAUCGUAAUGGAUACUGAUACACGUGCAGAGUUAUAUGAAAAUUGGAAGAAACGAGCUUUUGUUGGUCCUCUUCCACAAGGUUUCCUGAAAUUAGAAGAUCGUAAUGCACAGCAACAACAAGAAGCAGCCGAUCAACAGGCUGCAUUGGCCUUGCAUCAAUUACAGAUGCAAAGUACUCCUGUAUUACCUGACCCACGUAUGGGCAAACUUAGUAUAACAAUUGCCCAGGCAAAAUUAGUAAAAAAUUAUGGGAUGACAAGAAUGGAUCCAUAUGUUAGGUUAAGAGUUGGCCAUUCGAUUUAUGAAACACAUACAGAUUCAAAUGGAGGAAAAAAUCCACGUUGGAAUAAAAUUAUACAAUGCUUUUUACCACCAGGAGUUACACAAAUAUAUAUAGAAAUAUACGAUGAAUGUUCUUUCGUAAUGGAUGAAUUAAUCGCAUGGGGUCAUAUAGACAUACCACCUAAAGUUCUUCAAAAUAAUGAAACACACGAAGAUUGGUAUAUGCUUAGUGGCAAGCAAGGCGAUAACCUGGAAGGCAUGAUUAAUUUAGUUUUCAGUUAUAUGCCUAAAUGUCCUCCCUAUAUGCCUGGACCUGUAAUGAUGGUACCUUCUGCGACGAUGUUUGGUAUGACAUCGUAUGCACCUGUUAAUGUAUAUACCACACCUCAACCAGUAUCAGCUAUUGCAACACCACCUGUUGUACCAAGUUUGCUACCAAAUGCUGAAGUGGAAUUAAAACAGCUUGCGGAGAUGUUUCCAAAUAUUGACAAAGAAGUUAUCAAAUCAGUAUACGACGUUAAUCAAGGGAAAAAGGAUAUAACUAUAAAUUCACUACUUCAAAUGUGUGAAUAAAUUUUAAAAAUAUUCUAUACAAAGAAUUCUAUAUAAUAUGUUAUAUAGACUAUAUUGGAUCGAUGAUGUAUUAUGGGAUACUACGAGAGAAUAUAAAACGGAUAUUUGCUACUAUAACGAUUAUAAAUUUAUUGAUUGCUUUGAGAAAAAAAAAAUUGUAGAAUGAAAAUAACAGCGAUACAGGCUUUGCAUGAUUUCAUUGUGCACACAUUUUAAAGACCAGAAAAGUUCUAUGAUGUGAUACAUUUGCCUUCUUCUGCCUUUGCUAAUGUCUCAUUAUAAGAUUUUUCAAACAAUUAGAAAUUAAUUUGAGCUUUAUAGUAAACGUUUCAAUCAAUAUCCCUGUCUAUAUUGUUUCGUGUAAUAUAUUUCUUAUAAAUUUAA